CCCCCCGCUCUUCCGGGUUGUCCGGACUUGAACGCACCACCGCCCACCUCCCUUUCGUCUCAACACUGGCUCCUCUGACGUCAAGAAAGUGGAGCACUUAAACCACGACCAGGGAAAAGACACUUUGAGCCAGGACGACGAGGCGACACCGGGUUAUAAGCAUGGCUGACCUGCUGAAGCUCCUGCUGCGAGUGUCCGAGAAAGCCGCCAACGUCGCUCGCGUCUGCCGGCAGGAGGCUCCCCUCUUUGCGCUGCUGGUCCAGGAGAAGACCGGAGACGAUAAAAAUAAGAAGUUUGUGCAGGACUUCAAGACGCUGGCGGACGUCGUGAUCCAGGAGGUGAUCCGGCAUGACGUCGGCGCUCAGUUCCCUGAGAUGGUGGACUUCAUUCAUGGGGAAGAAUCCAACAAGUUUGAAAACGGUCUUGGUGAGAGCGUGACUGUGACCGUGCGCGCCACUGAGCAGGAAACCGCCACUCUUCUGGCCACGGUGCUGGACGGUGACCUGACGGCGGCGGCGCUCCUGGCGCGAGCCAUCCACCAAGACCCGGCCACUGUUGACGCCAGCACGGACGGACUGACAGUGCCACUCAGCCCCUCCCAGUUUGGCAUCUGGAUCGACCCGAUAGAUGCCACCAGCCAGUACAUCGAGGGCCGCGAGGAGGUCCUGGAGGAGGGCCGUCUGUCACCUUCCGGGCUGCACUGUGCCCUGGUCCUCAUCGGGGUCUACCUGCGCGGCACAGGUGCCCCCGUCAUGGGUGUCAUCAACCAGCCGUUCAACCGCAAAGACCCGACGAGUGGAAGCUGGCAGGGCAAGAUCUUUUGGGGCGUGGCCUGCGGCGACGUCCAGGUGUGCUCUGUGCCCCGCCCCCGAGCUUCGCCGACAGGUGGAGGGCCGCCGUCCGUGGUGCUGAGUUCCAGCGAGAAGCAGGCGGCCAAGGAGAGUCUGGCCUCGCUGUGUGGCCCCCAAAGGCUGAUGUACGCCUCCGGGGCCGGCUACAAGAUCCUGUGCGUCAUUCAAGGCCUGGCCGACGCCUACGUCCUGUCGGAGGGGAGCACCUUCAAGUGGGACUCCUGCGCCCCUCAUGCGCUGCUGCGGGCCCUCGGAGGGGGCGUGGUGGACCUGGCCAGAACUUUGGAGUCCGGUCCUGAGGCCCAGGCAGAACUGACCUAUCACCAGCCUCGCAGCCAGGCCAAAGGUGCGGACCGCUGGGCCAACUCUGGAGGUCUGGUGGCCUACCAGGACUCUUCUCAGCUCAGGAGCAUCAUUGGGGCCCUCAGAGGGAAGUUGUAGACACUUUUUUUAUUUAUGUAAGAAAGUGAAUAUUAAAUAUAUACAAACUAUGUAAAAAAAAAAAAAGAGAACUAGAUAUUAAUAACUAUUUUCUUACAUAGUUUGUAAAAAUUUACUUUUUUACAUAAUUUUUGUACAUUUGUUUUCUACUUUCUUACAUACUGUAGUUUUUACAUAUUUAAUAUUUACUUACAUACAUAGUUUUUGUACAUUUAUCUAAUUUCUUACAUAGUUUUUACAUAUUAAAUAUUUACUUUCUACAUGGUUUUUACAUAUUUGAUAUUUACUUUCUUACAAAGUUUUUACAUAUUAAAUAUGUAAAAACUAUGUAAGAAAGUAGAUAAUGAAUAGACAAAAACUAUGUAAGAAAGUAGAUAUUACAUACAUACAAACUAUGUAAGAAAGUAAAUAUUGAAUAUAUAAAAAAUAUGUAAGAAAGUAGAUAUUAAAUAUAUACAAACAAUGUAAAAAAGUAGAUGUUUAAUAUGUAUAAGUUAUGUAAGAAAGUAGAUAUUAAAUAUGUAAAAAAUAUGUAAAAAAAGUAGAUAUAUAAAAACUAUGUAAGAAAGUAAAUAUUAAAUGUAUAAAAAACCAUGUAAGAAAGUAGUUAUUAAAUAUAUAUAAAAACUAUGUAAGAAAGUAGAUAUUAAAUAUGUGCAAACUAUGUAAGAAAGUAAAUAUGAAAUAUAUAAAGACCAUGUAAGAAAAUAAAUAAAUAUGUACAAACUAUGUAAGAAAGUAGAUAUUGAAUAUAUAAAAACUAUGUAAGAAAGUAGAUAUUAAAUAUGUACAAACUAUGUAAGUAAAUAUGGAAUAUAUAAAAACUAUGUAAGAAAGUAACACCAACUACCUAAGAAAGUAGAUAUUGAAUAUGUAAAAACUAUGUAAAAAAAAAAGUAGACAUAUUUAAAAACACUAUGCAAGAAAGUAAAUAUUAAAUAUAUAAAAAAAUGUAAGAAAGUACAUGAAUGUAUAAAAACUAUGUAAGAAAGUAAAUAUUAAAUAUAUAAAAACUAUGUAAGAAAGUAGAUAAUAUACAAAAACUCAGAAAGUACAUAAUACAAAAACUAUGUAAGAAUGCAUACAGUAAAUAUAUAAAACUAUAUAAGAAAGAUAAUAAAUAAAUAAAAACGAUGUAAGUAUGUUUUAUAUAUUAAUUACUAUGUAAGAAAGUAAUAAAAAGUGAAAAAAAGAGCAAAGCGGUGAAAUAUAACAAGAACAAGUUGACUAAUAACACUAAGCUGCCAUGUAGCUUCAUCUCAUAAAAUAAUAAUAAAUCAAAAUCAAUGUUAUGAGUUAUUGACACUUUAAGCUCCAAUAUUCCCUUUGCAAUAUUUUUGAGGAAAAUAUUGCAUAUUAUCUGUGUUGGCCAUAUAAAAAAAGUUUUGACAAAAAGGGGAUACAAUGCAAACAAGACAUAGAAAUGAUAAAAACUUAUAAUUUAAGACUAAUAAGUUGACUUAGAGUUUUGAGAAUUGAAAGGGGAAAAAUGUGUGACUUAUUUUUAACACUUAUAAUAAUUUUAGUGGAUCACGCUCAGUGUUAAAGUGAAUCUUUUUAUCUUAAAAAAGGUCAUAAUAAUAAAUCGAAAUCAAUCUUUGAAAUCAGUUUUUGAGGAAAAUAUUGAAUAUUCUGUGUUUUCCAUACAACAUUGAUUUAUUGGACAAAAAGGGCAUUAAAAAAUGAAAAAACAUUGGGAAAAAUAAAAACUUGUAUUCAACAAA